GUUCAUCCUAUUAAGCUUAUUUUUAAGUUUAUUUCUGUUGUACUCGCUUUAAUCCGACCGGUCUGGCGCCUCAAUAUAAUAAUAGUCGGUGGGCGUACACAGUUCACUAGUUAAUUGUUGGUGCGCCUCUUUCGGACAGAUAAUAAAAAUUCGUAAACAAACGACUGGCAGGGAAAAAACAAACAAACAUGCUGACACUCAGCUUUUAGUCGGUCGCCGCCAGUCCAGUCGCAAUCAUUCGGGUUUGUGCUGCUCGCCUUACCGGCCGCUGGUUACGAGUGUGCGGUUAUAGCAUUGUCUAUUAUACAAAAAAUAAUGCAAGAUAUGUCAAUUUAAAAGGCGUUUUGUUCAUCUGCCUAGAAGAGAGUGCUACCGACCGACCGGCUGUCGGCAAUUCGAGGCGGCAAAGGUGCUGAUUCAACAAAUUCCAAUUGGAAGACGAGAAACGUGAUCGCGCCCACAAACACCAAUUCAAAAGCAUAAACACACGUUUCUCGCCUGUCUGGGCAUUUGUGAAUGAAUCGCCAGGGGCUACAGAACUGUAUAUAGUAUUGAUAUUCGCGACUAUUAGGAAAAAUGAAGGCCACCAUCGAUAAGGAGCUGCUGCCGAUGAAGGCGCACUACUUUCUGUUCAAUGCCGGCACUGCUCCAGUCGUACCCUUCAUGCCCACCCUCGCCGGCCAGCUGGGAUACUCCCCCGCGGUGGUGGGCACCAUGUACAUGAUACUGCCCAUCAUUGGAAUGAUGGCGAAGCCCCUCUUUGGCUACCUUGCAGACCGAUUCCAUCGCCAUCGAUCCUUGUUUCUGGGUGGACAAGUCCUCACUGGCAUCGCCUUUUUUCUAAUCAUGUUCGUGCCAUCUCUGGAGCAGCCCCUGCCCAAGGUGGAAUUCCAUUGCCAUGCGGGUGUCUCGGAAGUGCGCUUCUGCUCCGAUUAUGGGGAUUGUGUUGAGAUGAAUCUGGAGAAAUACUAUGGCAACAGGACACUAAGUUGCGAUCUGCAUUGCGAGGCCCAGCCCUCCAUAUGGGACACUGUGUGCCAGGAUUGGCUGCAGAACAAGACGGAAAACUGCGCCAGUAACCGCACGAAUCCUUUCCUGGACAUCGGCACUAGUAUUAAUAUGCAGCACAUUGUUGAGAUGAGUAGGUGCCUGUACUUCAUGAUACCCCACGAUCGCGGUGAGGUGGGUGGCCAGAAUGUGACGAUGAAUUGCCCGGCUUACCUGAAAACGAACUGCACCAUGGACUGUCGGGAGGAUUAUAUCAAGGGUCUGCUGGCCGAGAACGCGGUGAUUAAUACUCGGACGGCUAUGGGAAUGCCCCAGUUCUGGUUCUUCUUCGGGAUGCUCAUAUUCAGCUGGAUCGGCAUGGCAGUGGUUGUCAGUAUUGGCGACGCCAUCUGCUUCGGCAUUCUCGGGGAUCGCCAUCAUCUGUACGGCAAGCAGCGUUUGUGCGGCUCCCUCGGCUGGGGAGUGUUCGCCCUGCUGGCUGGAGUCCUUGUGGACAACAUGUCGCGGGGAGAAGUCAACAAGAACUACACGGUUGUGUUCUGGAUGGCUCUCAUCAUUAUGGGCUUUGACGUGUUUGCCUCCUCCAAGCUGAAGCAUGUUCAAACUCAUUUGUCUUCCAACAUCCUGAAAGAUGUGGGUCAAAUGUUCCUAUCGCUGCGCUGUGUAAUCUUUUUCCUGUGGUGCGUGGCCAUUGGACUGGGCACGGCCCUGAUCUGGAACUUCCUCUUCAUUUACCUGGAGCAGUUGGACAAGGAGCUGGAGGGAUGCGACAGCUCGAUGAAAACCCUAGAGGGUCUGGUUAUGGGCAUUCAGUGCUUCGGAGGAGAACUUCCGUUUUUCUUCCUGUCUGGAUGGAUUCUUAAGCGGAUCGGUCAUGUCAAUGCCAUGAGCCUGGUGCUCUUUGGGUUCGGAGUGCGUUUCAUUCUGUACUCGAUGCUGCAGAACCCUUGGUAUAUCCUGCCCAUCGAGCUGCUCAAUGGAGUGACUUUUGGCAUCUUCUACGCCACCAUGGCCUCCUAUGCGAGCAUUGUGGCUCCACCGGGCACAGAGGCCACCAUGCAGAGUCUGGUGGGUGCCAUUUUUGAGGGCGUUGGCGUGUCCAUGGGCAGCUUGAUCGGAGGACUGCUCUUCGAGUCCGUUUCCGCUCGCACCACCUUCGAGAUCUUUGGGAUUGGAGCGUUCAUCCUGUUUGUGGUGCACGUGUGCGUGCAAAUGUAUCUGCAGCGCAAUGGCAGCACCGAUGAAAACGGCACUGUCAAGUAUUUCGCACCGACAGAUGCAAUGCACAUGCUGAAUGAUCAGGAAUAUAGUAGAGUUAGCUAAGCGAUGCUUGACCGCAUCCACCACCCACACCACCAACAAUCAAGUAACCAAUCACCAAUGAACCAACCAGAGACCACGCUUCUACUCUUCAAACGAUCGAGGCUCUUCAACAUCUAUCCCAACUCGACGCUGCAUGACGAACCAAACGUUUUUUCUAUACAUACAUACCUGUAUUGUAAAUGUGCUUUAAUUUAGAAGUAGUCUUUAACUUAGAAUCCCACACAAAAUCUCACAUACACCUCACAUACCUUGUGCAUUCUUCGUGCAUGUUACCUGUUCCUCAUUUACCUUUAAAUUGAGUUUGCCAACCAAAAUGUUUAUAGAAUCUCAAGUGCAACCGGCUGUUUGCAUGCUUUACAAAUAUUUACAAACAACUUUUACCAUGAAUUUCAGUUUAAACAAGCCGCGUUGCCUUGAUAUAAUCU